AAUGAUGCAAAGUGAAGUGAGUCUUGCGUUUGCAUCAUAGAGCAAAAAUAAAUAAACAAUCAAAUGUGCUCAAAAUUCGUAAGAGCAUAGAUGCCUUUAUAACUCUUAGAAAUGGUAUUUUUUCUAAAAAGUUUAAGUUAUGGAGAAAAAAUAUUUUUAGGAUAUAAGCACAUUCGUUUAAAAUCGUCUGCCUAUUCAUCAUUGACUGAACUCAAUCUCAAAGAGGCUGUAAACUGCCGAAUCACAAGACUCUCUGAAAUUCUUGAUUGUACUUAUUUUACUGCUAAGAAAAUAGUAUCCCAUAACUCUAAUAUUAUUGCUAUAACUUCUGAUACCUUUUUACGAAAUUCAGAGUUUUGCCGGAAACAUUUGAAAUUUAGUGAUGUGGUUGAAUUUCCUCUCAUUAUAUCAUAUAAUCCUAGCUUACUACAGCAUCGUUACUUUUCUCUCAUGGAAUUAGGAUGUUCUAAUAUCUCUGUUAGUUAUAUCAUUAGAUUUCCUCAAAUUUUAAAAAAAUCUCCCACAACCCUAAGAAAGGAUGGAAUCAUUUUUAAUGCUGACAGUUUUUUAGAAACUUAUUUGCAUUUGAUAGACUGUGAAAAUCAAAGUGAAGUAGAAUCACGUUUUUACAAAAUGUAUAGAGAUGGAAGCUCUUUGUGGGAGAUCAAAACUGCUAUGAAUGCUGAAUUCUUAAGCUUAAAACUCAACUGCUCUCUUGUUGCAAUCCACAGGAUGUUCAAGAAAUAUCCUCCUCUGAGAACACAAAGUAUAUUAAACACAAAUCUAUUAUUAGAUGUACUUUUUAAAGACUUCCAAUUUCCUCUUUCGAAAGUAUUCUCGGUUCCAAAUUUGUUAUCGUUGCAUCCUGAAAUCGCCCUGAAAUUUUUAUCUGAUAUUCCCACAAUUCUCGGAAUUAAUACUAUUGAAUUAAUUAACAAGUUUCCAAUAGUGUUACGAAGACCCGUUUGUUUGAUAAAAAGAGCAGAAAACAUUUUAAAAGAAUACAGUAUAACUGGGGAUCAACUUAUGUGUUGUCCCAAAAUUAUUAACUUCAAUCCUUCAACUCUACAACAGCGUCUUGAAAAAUUGUGUAAUUCUGAGGAUUUUUCCUUGUUGAUAUCUUACAAAAAAUUCUUGUGGCUAGUAUACCACUAUAGUAUUCUUGAGCGCAGAUUACAUUCCCUAAAGGAACGUGGUAUUCCUUGUUCUAUCAGUGUGUUAACUACUUCUGAAUCACAAUUUGAUCAAUAUUUGUCCGCAUCAGAUUAUCGUACUUGCAUCAAAGAAAUCUGUUUUUACUUAGCUGGUGUCUUUAGUUGCACUGAAAUACUAAUUAGGGAAAAAUUGAAAGAAUAUCCUAAUAUUUAUGAUUCAUCCCUUACCAACUGUCGAAAAAUAGUUGAAUUCCUCCUCGAUGCUGGUGUUUCAAAAAAUCAACUCUUGACAGGAAUUGGUGUGGUAUUCUAUGAUUUUGAAGUAGUAAAAACAUUUUUCCAUGAGAUGCAAAAUCAUGAUGACUGCCAGCCAUUUGCAGACUGGAUCAAUCAUUACAACCUGAUACAAUUGCUGAUAUAUAAAAUAGAAGUAGAGGCUGGAUUAUACAGAGUGACAGGUAAUUCAGAUGAUUAUGAAGAGCUGAGUAUGGAAUCUGUAUAAAUUUAACCUGAGAAAUUUAAAGAAUAUCCCAAUGUGUAUCAUUAAUCUCAUAAAAACUGUCAAAAACAGUUGAAUUCAUCCUUGAAGCCAGUGUAACCAAAAAGCAAAUUUCAAUUUCAGAAAUUCUAUGAUUAUGUAGUAAAAAUGUUUUUUACAGUUAAUACAGAAUCAUCAUGACUGUCAGGCAUUUUAAGAUUUGAUCAACUAUUACAAUUUGAUGCAGCUGCUGAAUCAUUAAGUGACUGAAAUUCAAGCAACUUUAAGGAGCUAAGCAUGGAACUUAUAUAAAUGUUAUAAAUCUUGAAAUUAAAAAUGCAUUUAAAUAAAAUUGAUUUUACCCUAAAA